GGUAGGUCGUACUUUUACCCGCGCUUACGAAGUUGUGAGUUACUAUGAAUGCUCCUGCUUCGUUCGAACCAUUCCUGCUUGCCGAUGGUGAGAAGAAGUGGGUGUUUGACACAUUAUUACACUUGUAGAAUCUCCUUCGAAAAGGAUACUCAGGUUCCGAAUGCUGCCAUUUUUACCCUAAAUCGAGAGGAUCACACUGUCGGAAAUAUGAUAACAUGCCAGUUACUAAAAGAUCCAAGAGUAUUAUUUGCAGGAUACAAAGCUCCUCAUCCAUUAGAGCACAAAAUCGUCAUUCGAGUACAUACAGCUCAUCCAGCGACACCUGUAGAUGUUUUCGUUUCUGCUCUGAAAGAUCUUAUAAGUGAGAUCUCGAAUAUAGAAGAGCAGUUCAGAAUGGCGACAAAAUGAAACAUUACAUUUGUACAUAUUAUUUAUUUAUAUAUUCAUAACGAUAAAAUGAAAAUACUUGUCCUGCGAAAUUUUGUCUUUCAAUUAGUCCAUUCCUUACCUUGUUGAAAUGUAAAGUUAAGGAAGUUGAAAGCAUAAUGAUGUCGGGUGAUAUAGGACUGGUUUGCUGUAAACAUUUUCGGGUGAUUUUCCUAAGGAUUUUAUUUCCUCACUGUAGCUAGUAUCACCUGAUGACAUACAGAAAUCCCGUGUAUGUGAAGUGAAAGAUACUUGUUACUUUAGAUCUAUAUUUCUUUUAAUAUUCCAUACAUGUCCUAAAUACCCAUUGAUUUAAAACAGCUUCGAGAUGCCAUCCGUAAAUGAUUGUGUUUUAUAGCGGACGAUUUCAAAAUUGGGACUACUUAACUGCAUAUCUGACAUGUUCAUCAAACAGAAAUUCAAAACAUUAGGUUUAGUAGAAUUUAAAAUUCACUUAGUGGAGACAGACUGCUAAUGCAAUAUCGUUUCGCUCAGUCGGUCAACUUCACCAGGACCAUCUCAUCGUUUUAAAUUAUUAAAUCCUUUUUAUUCUGUUGUUAUCAGCAGAGAUUCACUUAGUUAGGAGCACGAAUUAGCCUCCUGGACUCAGUUUUUUAUUUAUAAUGGUUUCUUUAUUUAUUUAUCUGAUCAUAUAAAUAUUGGUGCAAAGGGCACCAGAUACGUAUGUAUCAAAUAAUAAUAAUGAGAAUAUGAAGAGAUAGAUAAUGUAAGGUAUCUAUAAGAAAAAGAGGAACAAUAACGAACAGACAUUAGUGUAUGAUAAUGAAAUAAUAAUAAUGGAAAAGGUAGUUCAGUUUACAAAAGUACAACCAGGGAGAAUUCUACCAGUCGAAAAAGUUACGUCCAUUUUUAUGAAGAAAGUAAAAUAACGUUAGAGCAGAGUUGCCACUGGUUCCUAUUUGAGCCGCAUCCGAUAACGUCUCUAGCCACUGUGUA